AUGUCUUCCUCCGAAUCCGCCCCUGCAUCUACAGCGCCCGAGAAUGCGGCUCCGGAGCUGGAUGUCUCCAAGCUCCAUGCUCUCCCCUCAGAACAACAGGACCUCUACUUGCUUACAUUCACCUCCGAUCUUGUGCAGUUCAUCUGUGGUCUCGAUUUCGCACAGCUCUCAGCUCAGCAAAAAUCACUGAAAAAGGAAUUGUUUAAAAUCUUGACCCUUACCUCCCCCACGAUUACGAGAGUCCUCCGCAACAACCUGGGACGAUGCUUCGGUACUAUUCUCGCGAAAGGGGAUCGCGGCAUCCUCUUCGAGACCAUAACAGAUUUACUUGGGCUUAUAAAUGCAAGCAAGAGCGAGGCAGAUGUGAAGGUCAAAUUCGCUGCGGCGCAUUGUCUGGGUGAGGUGUUUGCUACAGCUGGUGACAGCGCAUUCAUGCAGUCCAACGUUGCAACGUCGGGCAUGCUGAAGCUGCUCAAGUCUGCUAGUAACCAUACGGGCCUGCGGGGUGUCAUAUUCUCUGUGCUUCGCAAGAUUGUGGUAGGCAUCGGUGUCCCGAUCGAUGAGACGACUGCCCGCGAUAUUUGGAAGCAGGCGCGCAAUGCGGCGACUGGCGACAAGUCGACGUUCGUUCAAGUGCAUGCAUGCCGCUGCUUGGAACAGUUGAUAAAUACGACCCCAUUCUUUGAUAAUGUGAACGACUUCGAGGUCUUGAAGACCAUGAUGUGGAAGGUCAUCGAUAGCCCCACUGCGCCGGUUCGCCAUGCUGCAGCGGCUUGUCUUGGCCGUGCGUUAAUAAAGCUUCAUGCCACGGAAACGCAUGUCAUGGCGGCUCCAAAGCCAAAGUCCAAGAAGAUGAAGAGGAUGUCUAAGAAGCCAGGCCUUGGACCUGGAGACGAAGAAGAGGCCGAAAUGUCAGAGUCGUCUGUUGCGCCAAAGAAGUCCGAAUCUCGAUUGUUCUUCCUUCUUCCAGAUCUCUUGCGCCAGCUUUCUUCGCAGUAUUUGAAGAGCACAACAUCUAACCGCACGCGUGCUGGCAUCUGCAUGUGCUACAAGUUUGUACUACGAAACCUGGGAGAUAAGAUUGUCGAGGAGCGAUAUGGGGAAAUUGCCUCCAACUUGCUUAUUGAACUGCUCAACCACCCGACGGUCACGUACAACCGAUUCCGCCUACUUAUGACCCGCAAGUUUGUGAAGACCAUUCUGGAAGACACUAUUGGCCAUGAGAUGCUGCAGGAGAGCAGCCAGCUUAAUGCUGCGAAAUGGAUCAUCAACUAUAUCCUGAAGGACUACCCACAAGUGGUCCAAGAACGUCGCGAGCCCAGCAAGUAUACGUUGACCAGCGCUGUCAGUACAUUGUCGUCCUUGAUCUCAUCUCUCGGAUCCGCCUUUGCCGUCCAUGCCGAUAGUUGUCGUGAUGCCUUGCUCCAAGUUUUACCCCAUCCCAGCUACACAGUCCAGAUUCAUACUGCUCAUUGCCUGCGAAGCUUCGUGCUUGCAUGCCCUUAUCAACUUCUUGCUUGCGUGACCAUCUGCAUGAACAGUUUAAACAGGGAGAUCGGGCAACUUGCUACACCACGACAGUCACCUCGUCGAUGCGUUGGGUAUGCAAACGGCCUUUCGGCGAUGCUGAGUACUUCCCGCCUACAACCACUUUAUGGAGCUGUCGACGUAUUUGCGCGCAUCUUCUCCCAGGCUACAGAUCUUCUCAAGACUAGCAGCACGUGUGAGCUCCGAGUUGCAAGUACGCAAAUACAGGUUGCAUGGAUCUUGAUUGGAGGUCUGAUGCCUCUCGGCCCGAGCUUCGUCAAAAUUCAUCUUUCCCAACUCAUGUUACUAUGGAAGAAUGCUCUGCCAAAACAUUUGAAAAAGGAGAAUUCCGCCCAGCCAAGCACUUUAGAGACGAGCUUCCUCGCCCAUGUGCGUGAAUGUGCUUUGAGCGCCCUCCUGGUUUUUAUGGAGUUCAACAGCAAGCUCAUUACUGCAGAUGGUGCGAAGAGAAUCGCAGCUAUGCUGCAGAACACUGUCGAGUUUUUGGAUGACUUGCCACGACCCAAGUCCAUGGAAGAUAUCUCCCAACGUCUCCAUCCCUCCCUUCAGCUACACGACUUCACCACGAUGGUUCGCCGUCGAGUUUUGCAAUGUUUCUCAAAAUUGGUGCAUGUUCACCAUCCUAGCCAUGGUGACAUCAUUUCCCAGUCUAGCCUGCUCAGUCUUGCUGUUUCUUCAUUUGCGGAUCCAGAUGCGCAGUACAGGCCCGUGGAAAGCUCCAUUGCAGCUUCAACUGGCCAAUUUGAUGGCCUGUGGGAUCUGUGCGAUAACUACGGCUUUGGUGUCACUGGACUUGCCCGACAGUAUAUCUAUGCUGCACUGUCAGGCACCCAUGGAAGUGAAAAUAGCCCUGCUUGGUCUGCUAUUGAUUCAGUCGAUGAAGUCGUCGAUGAUGCCCUUACGUUCCCUGUAUGCCAAGCGAGCGAGCAUGACUCCGUGCUUCUCUACAGCCUGCGAGAUGGCGAUUCUCUCGUGGUGGAUCCACCGACCACCGGCGUUGUCAACUCGGCAAUUGAUCUGUUCUCGGUUGCCAUUGCUCUUCACUCACCUAAGAUUCAAGAAAGUAGUGUGGAGCAAAUUGCUUCAUUCCUGACAUCUCCGGCUCUCCAGAGAAACCCUGGACGGAAAGCUGCUUUAGGUGUCAACGUUGCUGUUGCUAUUUUGCAUGCCCUGAAAGUCGCCGUUAAGGAAACCGACUUCGUGGCUGGAAAGUUGAACGCAUCGACAGAAAAGACCCUGCAGGAGCUCAUUCAGAAAUUUACUAUCGACGCCGACCCUAUAAUAAGAACAAUUGGCGUGGAGGCACUGGGUCGUCUGUGCGAUAGUGCUGGAAACGCCUGCACUAAUACACUGGUCAAUUGGCUUGUGGACACCAUUGUUGCAAACCGAGAGCCAAACGCUCGAGCUGGCUGUGCUGCUGCUCUUGGAUGCAUUCAUUCCCAAGUCGGCGGUAUGGCAGCUGGAUUGCAUCUCAAGACGAUUGUUGGAGUCCUGAUGUCUCUAUGCAAUGAUCCGCACCCUGUUGUCCAUUUCUGGGCUCUUGGUGGGCUGGAAAGAGUGGCCAACUCUGCCGGCCUGACAUUCUCUCCAUUUGCCUCCAGCUCAUUGGGUAUGCUGGCUCAGCUCUACAAUGCCGACACCCACAAUGAAGAAUGCGCAGCCUUGGCGACAUCCAAUAUUGAGAUGGCAUUUUUGACUCCUGUUGUCAUUAGUCGAUGCGUUGAUUCGCUGAUCAAUGUUCUUGGGCCAGAUUUGCAAGACAUCGCAAAGACCCGCAACCUUAUUCUUACUCUUCUACGCCAAUUCCAGCUGGAGGAAAACACUGCUUUGGUCACUGAGAGCUCCAAGUGCUUGGAUCACUUCUCUCUAUAUGCAUCCAGCUAUGUGGAUAUUCCUGGAUAUGUUAAGCGUUUGCAGAAAGAGCUUCGCGCAAAUAAUUCAUUUAUGCGAGACGUUGCUGUUCGUGGUCUAAGCAAUCUGAUGAAGCGCGACGCUACAUCCGUGAUCCAAACUGCAAGCGAGACUCUUGAAGACGACGUCUGGCUUGCAUUCGAUGAUGCGCCGGAUAACGUUCCCCUCAGGACUAUGAUUCAUGAAUGGUUGCAGCAAACAGCGCUCACAGAAACCGAGCUUUGGAUUCAGCGCUGCCAGAAUAUCAUGACCAAAACUCGCAACAAAGUGGAAGUCCCACCAAAUACAGCAGUCCAAACAGCUGCGGCGGACAUUCCAGACGAUGAAGUUGCUGGGUUUGCCUCCGCGGUCGCUGGAGAUGGUCAAGGUGACCCUACGAACGGAGCUAUCGCAGGUCAGGAAUUCCUGAAAUGGCAAACCCGCAACUUUGCCAUGUCCUGUCUCUCUGAGCUUCUCGCUACAGUGCAAGAAGCCAUUCUGCCUGACCAAACUAUUCCAGCUGAGCUAGCACUUCAGUCUAAAGUUGGCGAUAUCGUGAGAAUGGCAUUCUCAGCAUCGACUGCUAAUGUUAUUGAGCUGCGUGUAUGGGGUUUGAAGAUCAUUGACCAGGUCUUGACUAUGUUUGGCAAGACUCCAGACCCAGAUUUCGCCGAGGCAUCUUUGCUCGAGCAGUACCAAGCUCAAAUCGGUUCCGCACUUACUCCUGCAUUUGCGGCCGACUCGUCCCCCGAGUUGGCUUCGGAAGCAAUCAAUGUCUCGGCCACGUUCAUUGCGACAGGAAUUGUGACAAAUGUGGAUCGCAUGGGAAGAAUUCUUAAGCUUCUCGUACUUGGCCUUGAGAAUUUUGCCAAAAAUCCUGAAACUACUGAUAUUGGCGAUCUCAAGGGCUUGAACUCAAACGCCCGAGUGAUGGUCAAGUUGGCGCUAUUUUCCGCUUGGGCCAGGCUUCAGAUUGCCAGUAUUGACCAAGAGUACCUCAACCAGGUGGUUCAGCCAUAUGUUGCCAAACUCACACCACUAUGGCUUGCUUCUCUCCAAGAGUAUGCUCGAUUGCGCUUUGAGCCUGACAUUUCUGGCGCUUUGGGUACAAGCACUCAGAGCAAUGACUUGGAUGAGGUUUACGCUGCUUUGAACAGAGAGACAUUGCUCAAGUUCUACCAAGAUACCUGGCUCAAUCUCGUUGAUGCGAUUGCUGGACUGGUUGAAAGAGACAUUGACUUUGUUUUUGAUGCAUUGGAUGGCAAGCUGCAGCAACCAGAAAAACCCAGUAGCCCUGAGGAUGAGACGAAAGAAGGCCAGGAACUUUCCACUAGCAAGUCUCAAGGAAAGGGCCAUGACAUCAACUAUCGCGAAGAGCCUGUUGCGUUCUUCUUCGUUCUGUUUGGCCUUGCUUUCGAAUCUCUGGUCGACCAAGGAACUUCACCUUCGCAGCGCCUCGCCAUCCUCCAGGCUCUCAAGAGAAUCCUGAGACCUGUCAUCUCUGGUAAUGCCAUUUACCAAGAUGCCAUCUUUUCGGAGACUAUGGAUACCUUUGAUCGACUCGUUCUGACUGAGAGCACACCUAUACAGACAGUCAUUGUGGGCAUCGCGCAGAACCUCUCGCUUGACCACCCGGCAGCACAAAGCGAACAGGAGCGAAGUGAUCAUUUGUCGGAUGAUAUCGAGCAGCUGUUUGAACUGACUAGAAACAUCAUUUUGGUUCUCGCGGGCAUGCUGCCUAAUCUCCGUGAAUCGACUCCACUUGCACGGUUCAACGUUUCCACGGACGAUUCCCUGGCCCUGAUUCGCCUGGCACUGCGCUCUCUUGUCGAUGUUGCGUCAGUCUUCCCUUCUAUCAUUCGCAACGACCUUCACGCUUGCAUCCUCCAUAUUUUCACCACUAUAUUGGCAACUGGAAUCUGCCAGACCGAAGUUGUACCCCAGGCUCUUCCGAUUUUCCGACAAUUCAUCCACGGAAUUACCCAUUCGUCCGAAGAUCAAGACGACAUGGACGUAGUAACCUACCAGAUGCGAGGAUGUCUAACCCGCUUCUUGACCAUCCUCACGAUCGCCCAGCGUCGGGAGUCAGAGACCUCCAUGCCUUGCGCCAAAAAUACGUUGUUAGCUAUUACUUUCUUGAUAACAGCAGGUGGACAUGUCCUCCCACCACAGGACCCACUUAUCAAUCGCGUUCUCGACGAGCUUCUCGAUUGUCUCCAGGAUGUCGGCCUGGCCACCGUUGCCGCUAGUUGUCUUCGUUCAAUCAUGCUCAAGCCCACUCCCCGUUAUAUGACAGACGAUGUGGUUUCCCGAUAUCUACUUCCCCGUUUGAUCGCCUUCCUUGUUGGCUGUCCAUCUGACACGGGCGAAAUCCCCACCGACCCAGAGAACUCGCGGGCUGUUCUCGCUCGCACUCUCGUGUCCUGUGUGCCCAACUCGACCUUCUCCCCUGCCGAGACCCCGGCCGCAGUCUCGCUUAUCAUGUCUGCCCUGUUAGCCCGUGCCAAGCGCGAGGGACAGUCAGUAUACCAGGAAUCCGCUGGUCACCUGCUCGAAUUGGCCAAAGCAGAUCAAGUCAGUUUCCGAACAUUGGUGGCAAAUAUGAAUGCAGACCAAAAGUCGCUUCUGGAGGAGGUUCUCCGCAGUGCGGGUAUUGGAGCCAGCUCCUCAACGGCUGGUGAAGCAAAUGAAUACGUACCGCAAGCUGCGCCGACUAUUGCUUUGCGCAUGGAUUUUUAG